AUGGCAGACAAGAGAAACUCGAUCAGCAAGGUCGACGAGGCCGAUGCUGAAAAGUCUACGCACAUUGAGAGUCCGGUCACUGAGAUUGGGACCUUUCGUGUUGUCGGCUUGAGCGCUGAGGAUGCGGACUUUUAUAUCAACUACCCAGAGGAGAAGCGGAAGAAGGUGUUUCGCAAGGUGGAUAUCCGCCUCGUCCCCAUGCUGGCCCUCCUCUACCUCUGCUGCCACAUCGACCGCGCCAACAUUGGCAACGCCAAAGUCGAAGGCAUGGUCGAAGACCUCAACAUGACCGGCGUGCAAUACAACACCGUCCUCGCCAUCUUCUUCAUCCCCUACGUCCUCUUUGAAGUCCCCAGCAACAUCCUACUCAAAAAGUUCAAGCGGCCCUCCACCUACCUCGGCAUCCUCGUUGUCUCCUGGGGCAUCAUCAUGACCUGCACGGGGCUCGUCAACAACUACGGUAGCCUCAUGGCCGUCCGCGUCCUCCUGGGUAUCUUUGAAGCGGGCUUCUUUCCCGGUGCCAUCUAUCUCUGCUCGUACUGGUACAUGCCCAAGGACCUGGCGCUGCGGAUUUCGUACUUUUACUGCGCGAGUGCGUUGUCCGGCGCGUUUUCGGGCCUGCUUGCCGCUGCGAUUGCGGAGAUGCAUGGUGUUGCUGGGUAUGAAGGGUGGCGGUGGAUUUUCAUCAUCGAGGGAAUUGCCACUGUUGUGCUGGGGGUUGCGUGCUUUUUCUUCCUGAUCGAUACGCCGACCCUAUCGAAGCGCUGGUUGGAGCCCGAUGAGAUUCAGUACCUUGAGCUGUCCAUGUUCAUCAAGCAGGGUGGGCGCGUCGAGAACGAGUCCAAGUUCAAGUGGAAGGACCUCCGCAUGGUUUUGACAAACUGGCGAGUCUAUAUGCAGGCUUGGUUCCUGUUCGUGCAGUCUGCACUCUCCUAUGGAACGAAAUUCACCCUCCCCACAAUAACCAAAUCCAUGGGCUUCAGCACCACAAACGCCCAGCUAACCUCAGCACCCCCCUACGUCGCCGCCGCAAUCUCAGCCAUAAUCUUCGCCCGGCUCUCCGACCACUUCUUCUGGCGCAUGCCCUUUGUAAUAAUCCCCAUGCUCAUCGUCAUUGUCGCCUACAGCAUCAUCAUCUCGCUCAAGGGCGAGCUCGAAGCCCACAUGGGCGUCGCCUACCUCGCCGUAGUCCUCGCCGUAAUAGGAAUCUACCCGAUCCAAGCGGCGGCCGCCUCCUGGAACGCAAACAACAUCGCCCCCGCGUCCCGGCGCGCCAUCGGGAUCGCGCUCAUGAAUUGCGUGGGGAAUGUUGGUGGGAUCUUGGGGAGUUUCAUGUAUCUGGAAAGUGAGAAGCCAAAGUAUUAUACUGGGUUUGGGAUCUCAUUGGCACUAGGGGGGACGGGGGUUGUUGUUGCGGCGUUGUUGGAGUGGAGUUAUAAGGUUGCGAAUAAGAGGAAGGCGGCGGUUGCGGAGGAGGCGAGGGUGCGCUUUACCGAGGAGGAACUGUUUGAUAUGGGGGAUCGGUCGCCGUUGUUUGUGCAUGUUCUGUAG